AUGCUGAGCACUAGGCUCUCCUCUGAUCGCCAAAGGUCUCACCGCAACAAUGUCCUCAAGCAGCUUGCAACCGCACUCGGUCCUGCAUGGACACCUGACACACCCACCGCCACCAAUACUAUUACUUCGACAACCACUGCCACAGCAAAAACAGCAACAACAACAGCAAUAACUUCCCACCGACGUGGCUCAGAAGCAACACCACCACCAAAACGACUUCGGAAGACAGUCGAGCUCUUCAACCCGUCCUCAUCCCCUGCCACCAGAAAAAAACGUUCCUCAUCAACUUCAACUCGGCAACGAAACCCUACCGGUCGUGGGCCUGGAAGACCUCGUGGGUCAACAAAUAAAGCCAAGGCAGAAAGGGCUAGCAGAGCUACACAACCCCCAACACACAGACGUCAUUCAUCCACAACUACUCCCGCCAACAGCAGUACGACGAGCUCUCCAAGUCAGCACCACCGGCGUUCACACCAGGAGAGACGAGAGGAUCAAAAACUAAACGAUGCCGCCCACGCCUCGCGACUGCAUGCUCACGGUCUCUGUCUCGAAGAGUUUGAGCUCUUCCAGUACCACAUUGGGCGAUCGGAUCUCGAGAGCUAUCUCAAGGUUCGCAACACCAUGCUCUGGCUCUGGCGCGAGAAGCCUGGUGAGCCUCUGACCCUCACUAGAGCCUUUGAGGAGACCAAGAGCUUUGGAUUGCACCAUGGAUUGAUCGCGCAUGUCUACGAGUUCCUUUUGCGCUCUGGAUACAUCAACUUUGGCGGAUGCCCUUUUCAGGACGAGGCAGCUGGGGACCAGGAAGGAAAGGCGAACGGGAGACAGGAUCUCUCUACUCAUCGUCACACCGUAUCGACGGAUUCCUCAUCCUCGAGGAGAACGAUUGUAGUCAUUGGUAGUGGCAUUGCGGGCAUCGGAGCGGCAAAACAACUUGAGAAUCUCUUUCAGUACUAUGCUUGGAAGUUUACCCCAGAACUGCCCCCAAGAGUGGUUGUGUUGGAGGCGCGAUCGAGAGUCGGAGGACGGAUGCACUCAUUUGAGCUCAACACCAAACCCUCCCCGUCAUCGACAAAAGAAGCCAACAAAGCCAAGGCGGAGAGGCAUUGCGUCGACCUGGGAGCGCAGAUCAUCACAGGAUUCGAGAACGGCAACCCGAUGGAGAUCGUUGUCCGGCGACAACUCAACGACCUACAGCUUCACUACUUGGUUGAAGAGACGUGUGAUCUGUUUGGUCACGACGGUCAAUUGGUGCCCAAGGCAAUGGAUGUACGAUGCGAGGCCGUCUUUAACGAGAUCCUGGAACAAGCCUGUCAGCUUCGAGAGGAGGAUGAGACACCCAAGGCAUUGCUGGCAUAUCUCGGAGACAGAGUCAAAAAGGAUGGUCGCGGCCCAGGACGCGUCCAUUCGACGGAUCUGCCGACACUGGGGCACUCAAUGGACUACUUUAUCCAAACCUACCCAGAGUUCAAGUCAUGGUCGUCACAGGAGCUCGGACUCAUCCACUGGCACUAUGCCAACCUCGAGUUUGCCAAUGCGACACCGCUGGAUCAACUAUCGCUGCGACACUGGGAUCAGGACGACGACUAUGAGUUUGCAGGGCAUCACUGCAUGGUCAAGGAGGGCUACGGUCAGGUGCCUGUGCGGCUCUCUCAGGGGCUUGAUGUUCGACUCAACCAACCAGUAUCGCUGAUCGAGCGUAGUACGACAUCAACUGAUUUCGGUUCGCAUCGCCGCAACGGAUCAGAUCAUGAACCAAUCCACAUCCAAUGCCGUGAUGGAACCGCGUACGAGUGUAGUGCAGCCGUUGUGACAGUUCCUCUGGGAGUUCUGAAGAGCGGCCAAAUCCAGUUCUCGCCGUCGCUCCCAGACUGGAAGGAACAGGCCAUUGGCAAUCUUGGGUUCGGGUUGCUCAACAAGCUGGUCCUAGUGUUUGAGAAGCCGUUCUGGGACACCAGUGUGGAGUUGUUUGGGUACGUUGGCAGCGGUCAGGAGGGCUCGUCAGGCAGAGAAUACAAUCUGAAGGCAUAUCGGUCAAGUCGAGGAAAGUUCUACAUGUACUGGAACUGCAUCGUCGUUUCUGGUCUCCCCGUUCUCGUGACAUUGAUGGCAGGACAGUCGGCGUAUGAUUGUGAAAACAUGUCAAAGGAGGACUUGGUGCAGGAAGCAUUAGAUUCAUUGGCGCUGAUCCACCCCAAGAUCAAGAAGAUCCCUGCACCUGUCGAGACAAUCGUCACGCGCUGGUCGCAGGAUGAGUUUGCACAGGGCAGUUAUUCGUUUGUGGGUCAGAAGGGCACAGGAGAUGACUAUGAUCGAUUGAGCAAAUCGGUUGAUGGUCAGCUCUACUUUGCAGGGGAGGCAACAAGUCGGCAGUACCCUGCUACAGCUCAUGGCGCCUAUCUGAGCGGGCUGAAGGUUGCCAAAGAGAUUCUGGAUUCGUUGAUCGGACCCCAGGCCGUGUGUUCUCGGUACACUGAGGGCAAGGAUCUUCAAGCAAAGACGGAGGAAGAAGAGAGCAGUAGUGUGAAGGCUGAGAGCGGAAUGUCAGCAGUAGGAGGAGUAGAGAGCCAGGAUAUCAGCAGUGACGGUAGCGAGCGGUCGCAUUUGUUGUCGAUGGAGGAUGCCCAGACAACGGAUACUCCGCCUCCAGAUGCCAAAGUAGAGCCGUCAUUGUUUAUGAGUCUGGGCCAUGGAUUUGUUAUUCCAAAGAGAAGAGGCCGCGUGUCACGGAGCAUUGUUGCCGAGUUUGUCGCCGAGCGCAGUGAAGAUGAUUCUGAUAGCGAGGCGGAAAAGAAAGAUGAGGAGGAAGGGUCGGAGGAGUCCGAAGAGUCUUCUGGGAGUAGCGAGGACUCUGAAAGCGAGGAGGUUUCUGAAAGCGAAGACUCUGAAAGCGACGAUGGCGAUGACGAGUCGGCGGAGGAGUACGGGGCAUCCAAGGCCAGGAAGACACCUGUCAAGUCGGGGAGUACACUCACCAAACUAACCAGGGUGGCGCCUGUCAAGGAGAUCAAACCCACGCCGGUCCUGGGGAUGGAAAAGCGAGGCGAGGACAGUGGCCAAUUCUAUCUCUUCCCCAGCAACAACAUCACCAUCUUCGACGGUGAAGACAAGAACCAGGACGACAACGACCAGUACCACGACGAGAGCAAGCACUGCAGCAGCAGUAGUAUUUAA